AUGCCCCAUAUUUUGGACACCCGCAGCUACAAACUCUGCUACAACAAUAUGCUGUUCAAGUCUCCGUACGUUAUUGGGGGUCCUACUGUUGCUUUCGUUGCAGCGCGGACAUCUUCGCACGACACUGCUGCCGGCGCAUCGACUUCUUCACAAUCGAGAAAUAGCCUAUCUGGCGGUACUAUCGCUGGAAUUGUCGUCGGGUCAAUCGCUGCCCUCGUCGUCAUACUCUCCUCGAUCUUCCUGCGAUGGUGCCGGAAGCGCAACCAGGCGUCCGAUCUAGCACUACAAGACCAACUGCCCAAGUUCAUACCUGGCACAUACUACGAGAAAAAAGCAGCGCUAGAUGCCCCUGAAAGGGACCAAGGCGAUAUUGGAGAACCGACAGAGCUUCCUGCGGCGUUUUCAAUGUCUCACUCAGUCGAAGCCGUGGAACUGCGCGACAAAAUCUUGAAGGUACUAUGCUCAAUUAACGUGGGAAACGAGCGUCAGGCCAACGAAUUCGAUGUAUCUUAA